GCCUCAGAUCUGAUUCCAUUUAUUUCUUCUGUGAAUACGGCAAUAUGAUUGGUCCAAAUGCAAGUGCGAGUCAUUGGUCCAGGCACUCCAAUUGCAGCGACCUGCAUGGCGACUGCAGGAGGUGCGUGCUGCGCUGUGUGCAUGCCUGUCACCCGAUGCAAAAGGGUUGAUAACCAUUGUCUGUACACUGGGAUGUCGUCUCUAAAAAUUGUGUUUGGCGCGUGCAUUUUGGUGAUGUUAUGAAGCAGAAAAGCACCCAAUGGACCGACUGAAGGAAGACGUAGCCCAUGUGCACGGAAAAGUGGCCGACUUGGACGCUGCAGUCGAGUAAUGUCGGUUACUGGUGUCUUGUGCAGACGGAGCUGCCGACGGAUGCUGGCAUGACGUACCUGCAAGUGAAGAACCACGCGUUGCUGACGUACACCAAGAUGGAGCUCUUCUUCGCAUUGCUUAAGCUGGAGGAGCCGGAGAAAGUGAAGGACCACCCCGUGUUCAAGGAACUGGUUCGUUACCGCACGCUACUGGAGCGUAUUCGUCCGCUGGACCGCAAGAUGAAGUAUCAGGUGGACAAGAUGCUUAAGGUGGCGCUAUCCGGCGGCAAGGGGCUGGACGAGUCUCUGAGCUACGCCCCCAACCCGGACGAGCUUGCAGCCGAAGAUGGACAGGACGACGAGGACGAUGAAGAGGGCGGAUCUGGCACCAAAGAUGGCAUUUACCGUGCACCACGCUUGGCAGCGGUGCCGUAUGAGGAGGAGGAGCGCGCACAGGUUAAGCAGGCAAAGAAGGAUGAGCGCAACCGUAAGCGCCUACAGAAGAGCACAAUUCUGGCAGAACUGCGUGAGGAAUUCAGCGAGCGACCCACGGAGAUUCUGGCUAGCGGCACAAGUGUUGUGGACAAGGAGAUCGCUCGCGAGGAGGCGGAGAAGAAGGAGUUCGAGGAAUCGCGCUUUGUGCGUGUGGUUACAUCGCGCAAGGACAAGAUUCGUAAGCGUCAGCGCGAGAUGGAGGCUAAUCGCGCCGACAAUGUCGGAUCGAUCGACAACUUUGCCGCUGUUCAAGAUAUCUUGUCAUUGGACAAGACUAAACACCGCAUCCCCACGCCGCGCGAACCGAAGAAGGUUGGCGGCAAGACGGGCGGUAUCUUCUCGCAUGUUGAUGCACCGACUGAGAAAAAGCGCAAGGUAGCACGGAGUGUUGGUGGCGGUGGAGCUACUCGUGGGGCUGCAGCUGCAUCGUCGGACCCCAGAUCCGUCUCGGUCCCGAAGAAAUUGUCGGGCAAAAAGAAGAAAGUGGUGUUUUCCAACCUCUUCUCGUGAUCCCAUAGAUACCAAGGGCUUAAUUCUGCAGAGUCCAUGUCGAUUUCUUACAGUAUAUUUGCCUAACAUGCCUUUUACAGUUUGUUUGGAUGAUGUUCGUGUUCAG